GCUCUGCUCUCAGGCAAUCAGGCAGUUCACUGUGAAUAAGCGUAUUAUUUUGGUUUCUCCGAUGCUCUCGCAGAAGACGCUGAAAUAAGUUGUUUUGUGCAAAUAACGUCGAGGCCGACUUUUAAUCUGCCACAUCCUCAAUCCCCCCAAUCUUUCUUUACUCACAACAAGGGCACUUUUCCUUUCAGCUGGGCAUGAAACAACAGUUUGAGCUGGGCAGGUUUCUGAGGAGGCGCUACGGUGACUUUCUCAGCGAGGACUACGACAACAGAGAGUUUUAUGUCCGGAGCACCGACUACGACCGGACUCUGAUGAGCGCCCAGGCCUGCCUCGCUGGAAUGUUCCCCCCAUCCAGACGCCCGCCUCCCAUCGUGCCCCAGUUGCUCUGGCGGCCCAUUCCAGUGCACACCAUCCCCAGGGCUCAGGACAAGCUGCUGAAGACUCCAGGCAAAGAUUGUCCAAGGUUCAGAGCGCUGAUGACGGACACCUUCGAGAGCGAGCAUUACCAGAGGUUCCUGAGGACUCACCGGCACUUUGUGGAGGGACUCUCCAACCACACCGGUUACCCUGUGUCCAAACUGGUCGGCAAAAAGAUAUGGAGGGUCUACGACACUCUCAACUGUCAGAGGGUCCAUAACUUGACCCUCCCACGUUGGGCCACUCAAGACGUCCUGGACACCCUGAGGAGAAUCGCAUCCUUCGAGGUCACGUACAGCAUCCUCAGCCACAAGAGGAAAGAGAAGGCCAGGCUCUCGGGAGGGGUUCUGCUGAAUGCCAUCCUGAGGAAUUUCUCCCGUGCCGUGGAGCAAGGCAGCAGCCUGAAGUUCAUUAUGUACUCAGCUCAUGACUCCACACUCAUCACCCUGCAGGCAGCGCUGGACGUGUAUGACGGCCUUCUCCCGCCUUACGCUGCCUGUCAGCUCUUCGAGUUCUACCAGGAGUAUGAUGGGUCCUAUUCUCUGGAGCUGUAUUACCGCAACGACUCCAGGCAGGAGCCCUACCCCAACGCCGUGCCGGGAUGCAACGGGCUGAACCCCUGCCCUCUGUCCCUGUUCAGUGAGCUGGUGCAGGACGUGGUGGCGGAGGACUGGGAGGCCGAAUGUGGGUUUCGGACAAAAUGGUCCAGCACAGGUGUCUUAACAGCUCUUGCAGUGGCCGUCGGUCUCCUGACAGUGGCGCUGUUGUGCAGCAUAGGAGUGGCAGUCCACAGGAGGAGAAGGCACUACUCCAGGGAGGUGUAAUGCAACGUGCCAAAAAUACAGAGAGGUGCUUGGGAGCUGUGGAAACAGCUCUAAUAAUAAUAGUGUGCCAUGUAUUUUGAUAAUUCAUAUGCUGACUGUGUGGGUUCAUGAGCUCUUUGCCUCAUGUUCGGACGGCGAGAAGAAUAUGCAUCAUGUUCGUGGAUUGUUAAUGAAAAUAACUUAACAGAGAAAUGAAAUGUUUUGAAAAUAAACGAUAAUUUAU